GAAGAAUAGCAGCAGGAGAUGGUCGUUUCAACACCAACAGCGAAGUAAACAUAAACGUCGAAGUAAAAAGUAUUCCGGUUACAAAAAAAGGCGUUUAUUUCGCAUUUCGCGAUCAAGGCGCUUGCAUAUCUUUGCUCGCGAUCAAAGUAUACUACAUAACAUGUCCUCAAGUUACCAUCAACUUCGCGCAUUUCCCGGCUACGCCAACCGGAAAAGAAGUGACCGUUAUCGAACAGGCAACGGGGAAAUGCGUGGAAAACGCGGAAAUCGUCGAAACCCCGACGUAUCUAUGCAAAGGAGAUGGAAAGUGGACUUUACCAGCGGGCGGGUGUAAAUGCAAAUCGGGAUUCGAACCGGAUGUGGAGAAGUACACGUGCAACGUGUGCCCACCGGGAAAAUUCAAAGCGGAAGUCGGCGAUUCGAUGUGUCAACCGUGUCCGAAACAUUCGAAAGCCCCCAGUUCUGGGUAUUCGGAGUGUACUUGCGAUUCGGAAUUUUUCCGCGCACCCAUUGAUUUAAAAAAUAUGUCGUGUACACAACCUCCGUCUUCCCCCCAAAACUUAACCUUAAACUUCGUUGAUCAAUCGACGGUGAUGUUGAGUUGGAAUCCCCCGGAAAAUUUAGGUGGGAGAAACGACAUCGUGUAUAGGGUGAAAUGCGACGCGUGCGCAGCCGGAAUCGUUCAAUACACACCGAAUAUGGAAAUUUUUAACGACACAAAAGUAACCGUCCAAGGUUUAAACGCCGUCACAACGUAUCGAUUUCAAGUUUUCGCGGAAAACGGAGUUUCGCACAUGACGAAAAAACAGCCGGAAUUCGCUGAUAUUACGGUUACGACGGAAGCGAGCGUUGUAAGUAGUAUAACCAAGGUACGAGUGACCUCGGUGAAAAGUAGCGAGAUUACUUUAACGUGGGAAGCCCCUACAUUAAAUGACGGGGGUGGAACUGACGGAGACAACGAAAUCGAAACGUACGAAGUUAGAUGUUACCCGCGAGGCGAUAUAGAUUUUAGUAAUUCAACGACGAUUUUAACCACGGAAUUAAGCGCUACAUUCACCGGAUUAAUGCAACGAACCGAUUAUGGGUUGGAUGUGAGGGCGAAAACUAAACGGGGAUGGGGCGCGUAUUCCCAUCCGAUUUUUAAGACGACCGGUCAAGUUUUCAAGACAGCUUACGUAGGUGACGACGAAAGUUAUCGUUUGCAAAUAGUCGCGGGUGGAAUCGUCGCAGUCGUGGUCGUUUUGGGGGUGAUUAUAGUUUUGGCCGUUGUCUUUUUGAAAUCGAGAUCGAACGACGAAUGCAAUAAGAAGCAACCGAGCGAUUGCGAUGCGUUAGAAUAUAGAAACGGAGAAGGACUUGUAGUGACGUACAGUAAGUCCCACCCCGUGUUGAUGGAUUUUUGCUUAUGUACUGGUUUAUUUUAUAACGAUGUGAUUUCAUUAUUCAAUAAGAACAUGUUUCUCUGUCUUAAGGGAUCAUCCCGUGUGAACACACUUACUUUUGAUAUUUUAAGCACACUUUACAAUUUUUAAAGCCCGAAAUCACCGUUCAUUGCAAAAAGAUGUGUUUUGAUCUGCUUUGCAGUUUAAUCACACGAGCAGGCGCGCUGUCAUAAAAUGUAUGACAAUUUUCGCUCAAUGUCAUUCAGAUGACGUCCGUUUUCUGCAAUACACUGCUGUAGUCGACUA